AAACGCUUGGUGCAUACGAAAAAUAUUAUGUGAUCACGGCUAAAGUUUAAUCAGAGAAUUUGUGUAAUGGUGCAUACCAGGCAAAUGCAAAAUCCUUUGGUACAUCGAAUCGACUUUUUUAACCGUGAUUACAUAAUUAGCCCUGAUUAGCUAAUUACGAAAAUACCUGAAAAUGGUGCAUACAGGUAUUAGGGUAUAAAAACUAAUUGAAUGUGUCAGGAAAAUAAAAGAAAGCGCCUCAGUUUGUAACAGCUGACGAAUGAAUUCUUCAAGUCGAAAUCAGCUGAUGUAAUUUUACGCAGAAGUGUAGCCCCAGUGAGUUUCAAAAUAUUAAAAUUCUUUUUGAUGUUUUUCGCAAAUUAAAAGCAGCAGGCCAUUGCCAAGGUUUUGCCCUCGGUUUUGCCAUUUCAUUUGAAUUAUUUUUGAGAAGUUAUUACAUUCACAAUACCUACAAUUUAUUGUAAAGUGGAAACAAUGGGUAUAGAUGAUAUAUUUCUUUGGUAUCAACAGAGGAUUGGAACAUACGAUAAACAGCUAUGGGAAACAAGAAUAGAACAAAGAGAACACAGAACCUACGGACUGAACCAUGUACAAAUGCGCACUGCAAAACUCAACACCGAUUUGAUCGACUUAGAUUUAGUUAGAGGAUCAUCCUUUACAAAGGCCAAGCCUCAGCAUGGUUUUCUUAAAGUGGCAAAAAUGGCCACACUCAGAACGUUAUUCUUGCCCAUCUAUGCCAAGUGGUGGAUUCACCAAACAUCCGCUAGGUUUUUUAUGUUUAUUUUGUUCCUAUACAUAGUGCAAAUGAUUAAUAAUAUAAUUUUUUAUUUAUAUUUAUAUAAAUUUCCCGCUAGUAAUUCUGAGGGUAUUUCCUGCAUGGAAGUUGUAGUUCCAAUUUUUAUGGCAUGGCUGUUGAGCCUUAUACAUUCACAAAUGGUCGCAACUAUUCCUGAUAAGCAAGACAAUCAUAGACGGAAAAGGAAAAAGUUACAGUUUGCUGAUGAAAUCGAGAGUGACGGCAAAUGUAAAAGGUUGAAUAUAAGGCCUUGGUUCAAAAAACCAAACGUGGAUGACGACGGAUUUGAGAGUCUCGUCGGUAAUGGAUCUCGAACUAACUCGGUUCCUGAUGGACCCUGUCAACCUAUAGAAGAAAUUGGUUCGUCCUUAAAACUACCUGACAUUGAACAAACAAAAGAAUCCCAAAAUCUUCUACCUCCAGCUCAAGUCGACGAUGUUGCCAAUAACCAAGAAACAAGUUGUGUUCAUUGCAAAAGGGGUAGCCAAGAUCAAGACCUAGAUGACGAGGACAAUACUUCUAAUUGCACAUCAUGUAUGAAAUGUGAAAAUUGGGUGAAACAAUUAGGCAAAACCGUAACUAAAUCCUCAUGUUGUACCGAUUCUGAAAGUGAAGCAGAAGAAAUGUAUAAUAAAUUGAAAAAACAAAGUAUCGUAAAAAGACGUACUUCCACACAUCGUCUGCCAACAAUAGCAGUAACGUCGGCACUAGACAGUACUUGUGAUACUGAAAAUGAAGCUCUAUCGUCACCACGAGAUUGGACAGCAGGUGUAACGACAAAUAGUGAAGAUUGUAGCAGUGAUUUGGAUGAUGUAUCAGAUGCUGCGCCACCGGAUAGAUGUUCAGAUUGUUUUGGAAAUGAUGCUGAUGCGAAUACGAUGUUGAACCCGCCCUCUGUUAAAGCAACUUGCACAAUUUACGAAUGCAAGGAAAUCAAAAAAGCCGACCUAUCAAUGCUAGAUAUUAGCUCCAUAAUAAUCACCAAAGUAGAAGCAAUUCCUUCUACAGCUGACUACUUUUAUGGAGGUAUAGUCGUCUCGACCCUAUUAGCCUUACUGCCUCUUCUAUGUCGUUUAACUGAAGAAGGACCUGACGUUAAACACUUCUGGGAAGCUUGCAAGAAUGGUAGCCACAAAUUCUUAGACUCACAGUCACCAGCAGAUGCCGCAUAUUUCGCCAUGGAUGAGUUACCAAAGAGGGUUGGAGAGUUUGCAGAUGUAGCUUUAGGAACAUCUUUUUGGGAACGCUAUAUAGUGGCAGUAGCAAUGCUGCAAAGGUUCAUUUAUGCUUCAAUGAUAUUUUUCCUGAUGGUAGUGGCAGAAAGAACGUUCAAGCAACGUUUAUUGUAUGCCAAAUUAUUCUCUCAUCUGACUUCGUCCCGUAGAGCCCGCAAGUCAGAAAUUCCACAUUUCCGAUUAAAUAAAGUUAGAAAUAUUAAAACAUGGCUCUCAGUAAGAUCUUACCUAAAGAAACGAGGACCACAACGUUCAGUUGAUGUAAUUGUUUCUACAGCUUUUGUAGUAAAUUUGCUACUACUAGCAUUUCUAUGUACAGAACUCUUGAAGGAAACAGUUUCCUUUUCUCAGUACUACUUGGAAGCCCUUAUAUGGUGUUUGGGAUUAGGAGUGAUGCUCUUAAGAUUUAUCACUUUGGGAACGAAAAUAAACAAGAAGUAUCGCAACCUUUCCGUUCUUAUAACGGAACAAAUCAAUUUACAUUUACAAAUUGAACAAAAACCUCAUAAGAAAGACGAACUGACUGUUGCCAAUAAUGUUUUGAAAUUGGCUAUUGAUCUUCUCAAGGAAUUGGAAAAUCCAUUUAAAAUCUCUGGUCUCUCGGCGAACCCGAUAUUAUACAACGUAACAAAAUUGGUCAUUUUAUCAGCCCUAUCUGGUGUACUAUCCGAGAUGUUAGGGUUCAAAUUAAAAUUGCAUAAAAUCAAAUUGAAGUGAUGUUUUUAGAGGCCAAACUAAUUUGAAUGUAUUGCUGUUUAUCAACUAUGCCAUUGUAAAUUAUUUUUUCUACGUCUGCUCUAGAAAACUAUUAAAAACGCACCCCUAACUCACCUAGAAAAUCAAUUAUUUCAAAGAGGGUACGAAAUAGCUAUUUGUGUAUUAGGAGCGCAAAGUGAUAAAUUGUCGCUCUGAGCGAGAAAUUUGACUAUCUCGCAAGAACGACCAUAUUACUUUGCGCUCAAAUUACACACAUGAUUUUCUCUACAACCGAGCGCAAAGUAAACUUUGUAGCUCAGGAGCGGCAAAGUAAACAAAACGCUCGCUCCUCUAGAAGUGCUACUGUGUGAUUUCUAUUGGAAACGAAAAUUUCUACUUUGCGCUCGGUUGUAGGAAAAGAACUUUUCACAAGCUAAAACAGUAAUGACCCUUCCACUGAUUUUUUUUUUUGCCAAUUGUUCGCACUUUUCAUACUUGUGUGGUUUGUGCCACGCCUGUGAAAAAUGCUUGUUGCACAAUGUUGUAUUCUACUGCAAGACAUUCAAAAUUUAAUAUACCAAUGGUAUUCUGAGACUGAUUUUUCAGUAUCUUGUUUGAUAGCCCUAAGUAGAUACAUUUAAAAUGUAUUAUUAAAAUGUAAACGUGUUUCUUGCAUUUGUGUAAAGUUACUUAUUAUUGCCGCGAAAUAUUUGGUAGAAGAGCUUAAAAAAAUAUAUAUAUAUAAAAAAUUGUUGUUUUCAACAUAUUAAAAAUAUUUUAGAUUUAUUAACCUAGGUACCUUUUAUACGUAGUGACUACUUAAUGCAAAAACCAUAUUGAUUUUGGGAAAAUUUUGAUGUCAAUCUAUCUGUAACUACUUAUCUAGUUUAUGAUAAUACAUUAUACACUGAAUUGUUCUUUUUUUAUACAUACACAAAUUUUUCUUUCAUUGGUCCAUAUACAUUUAUUGAGUUUUUCUGAUCAUUGUACAAAUAAUAGUUAUAAGUAUAUCACUAUUUUAGAAAUCAAUGAACUGUGAUUUAACAUCACAAAUAACAGGGCAGAAAUGAAUUUGUGAUUCUGUAUAGGUGUAGAAAUAGUAUUAAGUAAGUUAACAUUUGCAUGUAUGUACUCAGUUAAGAUUGGGCGUUAUCAUAUUUCAUAGAAUUACUUUUGAGUUUGGAAUCUUUGUUUUUCAAGGAGAAUUUUUUUUUUGUUUGGAUGGUUAGGUCAUACACAUUUUGUUUAUUUACUUGAGUACGUACAAUUUUUAAUAAUGCAAAAAUCAUAGCGCAUUCAAAUAGCAGUCAAAUUGCAAAUUGCUUAAUAGAAUAUGAAAAUUUAGAAGUGAUACUUUAUUGUGAUUUCUGAUUAUAGUACCUAAUUAUUUAGUGUCGAUUGUAUUAAAAUUAUUUGUUCUCUCUAAAUUGAAUUACUGUGUUCAAUGGUUGCAAAUUGUUUUGUUUUCCUUUUUUGUAAAAAGUAACAAUAAAAUAAUAUAAAGCAAAAACAAUUUCCUUAUUUCAAGCCAAAUAAAACAUACUUUUCAAACUAGAUUAUUUAUUAGUCAUAAAUAUUCCUCUUAUAAAACAUACAAUAUUCACAAUAUUAGUUAAACAGGACUAGUAUCCGUAGCCUGGCUACUGCAAGUAGUCAUAUAUUUUAAGGAGAUAGAUUCCGGACUGGAUUUAUCAUCAUCUCCUCUUGGCGGACAAAACAAUUGCUUGAAGACGCAUGUGUAACAAGCGAGCAGGGCACCUACUAUACACGCGCCCACCAUCAGACUUAUGACGACCUCCAUAUAUUGCCAGAGCCGCAUGGUAAAUUAUCGAUUGAUGUUGUUUCGGAUUCUGACAUUACUGGAUGCAGUUCUGAAAAAAUGGCGUCCAUCCAAACAAAUACAAAAUAUGAUUCUUCACAACCACAAAAGUGUUUCGAUACUUUUUCAAUAUCUCUAAAGAAAAGUUGCAUUUACACAUCUACACUUGGCUAGUGUCCGUGGGCUGACUACUGAGAUGAGUAAUGUAUUUCAGUGAGAUUGAUUCUGGACUGGAUUUGUCGCCAUGCUGUUGGUUUUUCUUUGGGCGCGGCGGGCAGCACAGGAGCCUGAAGACGUAGGAGUAACACAAAAGAAGCGACCCCACUAUGCACCCGCCAACGCAAAGUGUUAUGAUGAUCUCCAUGUAUUCCCAGAGGGUCAUUGCAUGGUUAGACCCCCACUAGAUUUGGUCGCAUUGAACAGUGAUCAUGGUUCUGGAACAAAAGAGAACAAGUUUUUUUCAACAAUUCUAGAAGCUGGAAAAAAAAAACUAAAUAAUUCAGUGAAAGGUUACAAGGUACAGUGGAUAAGUAUAUUGAGUAUUUUGGAAUAGGUAUUGAGGAAA